AAAGGUCGUACUUGGCGGGAAAGACAUAAAAAAGGCGAGCAGCAAGCUCUUUCUCCUUUUUCGUUGGCUCAUUACGAGGAGUACAUUAACCUUUUUCAAUGGGCAAAACAAAAUGGUGUUUUAUGUCCGAGUAUGAAACCAGCUUCAUUCUCAUCUACAGGGAGAGGGCUUAUGGCAACAAAAUGUAUAAACAUUGGUGAUUUAUUAAUAUCUGUUCCCAAAAGCCUUUUGUUUAGCGUUGAAACUUUAAGGUGUUUACAUCCUGAUUUAUUCAAUCAACCAGAAGCUGACAAACUUUCAACAGUGGAUGUAUUAUGCUUAUUUUUGAUUUUUGAACGGUCAUUUGGUAAAGAAUCAUUUUGGGCUCCUUAUAUAUCUAUGCUACCAUUGACCUUCAAUACUCCAUCAUGUUUUGGCGUUGAACUCCAUCAAUGCCCUGACUUUUUUUUUGAUCAUGGACAGAUGCAUUUAAAAAAUAUUCGGAAAUGUUAUUUAACAUUAAAGAAUUUUAUCUCAACAUCAACUGUGUUGAAUGGCAUGAAGUUGGACUUCGAUCAUGUAAUUUGGGCAUGGAACAUUGUGAAUACAAGAUCUGUUCAUAUGAAUGACUCUGCAAAGACUAAGUCUGCAUUUUACUUGGACAAAAUGUCAUGUUGUUUAGCACCAUUGCUGGAUCUUUUGAACCAUUCUUGUUGUGUGGAGGUUGAUGCAGGGUACUCAGAAACUGACAAAUGCUAUGUAAUUUACACAAGAACAAGAUUCAAGAAAGGUGAGCAAGUAUUUAUAAAUUAUGGUCCUCACAAUAACAGAAAAUUAUGGUUAGAAUAUGGAUUCAUCAUUUCUAAUAACAUCCAUAAUUGUGUGAGUAUCUUGCCAAGACUGCUGUACAAAAUCACAGAAAAACAUACAAAAAGCAAAAUAUCAAAACAUAAAUAUGAUAUGAUUGAAAAAUAUGAUCUUGAAAGAACAUAUUUUUGCACAAUAAGUGGCAUAUCAUGGAGUUUAAAUGCAGCCUUGAAAAUACUGGUGCUGAGUGAUUUAAAACUUAAAGAGUCAUCCGGUUUAAACAUCGAGAGCAUUCCUAAUGAAAAUGACACAUUGAAAAGACGAAUUUUGAUUGACUUACUUGAUCUUGUUUUAAACAAGUACAGUAAUGAUCUGUCCAAAAUUGUAAAUUAUGGCAAAAAGGGCAAUUGUUUGUCUGAACAAAUGAAAAUCCUGGUCACACUUUUAGAAGAAGAGAAAUAUCUUGUGGAAUGCAGUCUAUCAUUAAUAAAUUCUUAAAGAAAUCAUGAAAUCAUAAAACUAUCUGCCAUAUUUCAGAAAGGACAAUUUAUUUUAGGAGGAAUGGAUUCAGUAUAAACACAGCCAUGUUAGGUGUUCAUUGCAAUGAUUAUAAUAAUAUUACCAAAUUCUUUCAGUCGAUGAUUUGUCCUGGUAAAAUAUUGUCUUCAUUGGUCAAAUAUUCCUUCUCGAUGCUCAUUAUUAAGUUUUUAUCAUCAUCAUUAUAUAAGUCUUCAUUCUCUGGCGAUGUCUUAACAUGAAAUCUGUAAGAAUAGCGAAAAUAACUGUUUUGAUCAUUAUUACUUGCGUGAGUUGGCAAAAUUGAGAUUUGCUUUGUUUGCAGUUCACAUACAUUUAGUGUAAGUUGCAGUUUAUUAGAAAAUUUUUCUUUAUGUGUUAUUGUGGAGUAUGAAAACAAAGAUGAUGGAUUGUUGAACUUUAUUUUAGUGAUUUUGCAUCUUUACAUGUUUUCUUUAUCAAACUCCUGGAGCGUGCAGGAUUAAAAAAAAUGAAUUUGGUCAUGUUGUAUUCACAUGUCAAUAGUA